AUGAUCAAACCACUUUAUGUUACAAUCAAUUCGUCUACAUCACAAGAUGAAAUUCGACCAACCACAUUUGUUCUUUAUGCUACUGGUGUAUUAUGUUCUUGGACAACUGAACAAGAACGGGCCGAAUUGACGCAAUAUAUAUAUGAUGCACUUCUUCUUGUUGCUAAUCAAAAAUUAUCGAUAAAUACUUUACUAGCAAUGUAUGCAGAAAUUGGAUCUGAUACGAAUUUUCAAGAUAUUUUAUUAAGUAUUCUUCGAGAUUCUCUAACAAAUACAAAUUCACAAGUUCGUUUAUAUACUCUACAAUUAUUUAAUAUUACACUAGCACUUGUCGAUCAUUCGACAAUAUCCCAUAAGAUCUUACCAGCAUUGAUUACGCUUGCAUCGGAUGAUGAUAUAACUGUUCGAACAGCAACUAUAUCAGUAUUCGGAUCAAUUAUUAUUCAAUGUUCAGAAUCUGAAAUUCUUGAACGAGUUUAUGCUCAAUUUCAAAUAUUUGAUAAUGAUACAACGUUUCGUGAUGAACAUCGUGUCCAAAGUGAAUUUAUAAAAACUUUUACCCAAAUUGCACCCCAUGCUGAAAGUAAAUUUCGUGAAGAUUUUGUUCUUCCUUUUUUGGCAUUAAUUGCUUCACAAAAUUCUCAACAACAAUCAGAACGUGGUCAAGCAAAACGUCUUGAAAUAGCUACAUAUUUAUUUGAAGCCUACAGUGCAUUAUCUUGUUGUUUUCAUUCGGGUCAAGCAAUAUUAAAUAGUUUUCUACCAGGUCUUUAUUGUUUACGUGUAGACUUUGCACAAUUAAGACCUGAUAGUGUUGCUGUACUAGAUUCCAUUAUUAAAGAUCUUGAACAUAAACUUGAACAAUAUCGACAAGAUAGUUCAUUAUUAAUUGGUGGUACAAAUCUCAAUCAAGAAAAUAUUCGAGGACGAAUGCUCAAAGGUUUAACGAAUUUUCGAGAUUCAACUGAAAAAUUAACUUAUAGAUUUAUGAAAAAAAAAUAA